UUUAUUUACGAGAUUACGUUUUCCUUCCUGGGAAAAAAUAUGUAUAUUAAUAACAUUUGUAGUAAUAAAUGUAGAAUAAUGAAGAGUGAAGGAAGAGAGGAAAGAAAAUAUAAAUAACAGAAUGGUGACUUCGAAAUUUGUAGCCAUUUUGACCUUGUAUUGACCUGUUAACUACUGUGUUGAAAAUGACUCGAUGGAACAAUGGCUUCCAUGUGACAUUAACAAGUUUGUCCGGGCGUUACCUAUUUUAGCUGCCGCUCAAGGCCGUUAAUGGAUUGGAAGGAUCGCUAACGUAUUUUAACGGUCGUCAACGGACGUUAACGGCUUUGAAGACUUUCUCACGACUGUGAUCAUGAGGGAACAGCAGCAGCAGCAACAGCAUCGCUCCCAGCUGGGAGGGUACAGUGUCAUGCCCACACAGCUGGGCAGAAGGCACGCCGGAGCCAUGCCCAGAGUGACGGAGAGGAGGCGAUCCAGGAGCCUCUCUAACAGGCAGGCGGCGCUGAAGGGGUGUAGGGGCGCCCCUUGCCGAGCCGACAGCAGCGAGUCCUUCACCUCCACUAAGAAUGCCAUGAAAAGUGCCAUGGGCAGUAACCCUGGCAGCGGGAGCAAAGACAGGGCGUCGGAGGAAAGUCAUGUGAUGGGUGGUGGGCGGCCCACACCCGCUGAAGAACACAGACGGAAACCCAAGUCUCUUCCUCCUCUGGAGCAGAAGCCUCGCAGUCCUCUCAUCUCGGCAAGCCCGCUGGAGCGCGACCUGUCUGCGCGGUUCAUUGGGUCUCCGCCGCCCUCAGGCUUGCGGAGAGACGAUAAUGGAAAUACCUUUGAGGUACGCCGAAGUAGCAUGUCUGCCAGUGAGAGUGGCGAGGAAGAUCGUGUAGUGUACCAGCCUGCCAACCCUGCCCUGGAGCUCUCUCAACCACGCAUCACUCUUCACACAGCACCCAGAAAGGGUUCCCCACCGCCACCCCACGCCAUCGUCAGUGCUGAGAGUGCUGCUAACCUAGCUACCUCCUCCUCCUCCCUAUCCCUUCGGUCUAUGACUUCAGCAGCACCUGACAACAUCCACCAGGCGCUCACUCCACCUCCUAAACUGGUCAGCUACCGGGCUGAAGGUGGAGCAGAGGCGGUACAGGAGUGGGUCCCUGACGAAGAUGGUAUUGGACUGGCGACUCCGCCUCGCAAGAGCUCCUCCCCGUCCAUCCGCGACCUUCCAUCCCCGGUCUUGGGCCGUCAUGGCCUCAACCGUCCUCCUCCACUGGUCCAGACCGCCCGGAGGACCAGAUCAACUAUCAAACUCUCCCCUAUUAACAAGUAGAAGUCCCCCUAUCCUUUCCCUGCCGAUGUGGGCAAACUAUUCUGUAAGGUGGGCUGGAAUUCUUUAGGAUCAGUAGCGAGCUGUUGAAAAGUGUCUUAAUUGUUAUUAACAAAAGUCUAGAUCAAAGUUCGAUCAUCCUUAUGUUGUUUGGAAGGCUCUAUACCAGAGCUCUAUCGUCCGCCUUUUUCCUGGAAGGCUUUGAGAAGAGCUUAAUAGCCCUUACGUUGCCUGGAAGGCUCCACACCAGAGCUAUAGUGUCCUUAUGUUGCCUGGAAAGCUCUAGAUUAGAAUUUUCUUGUUCUUAUGAUGCCUGGAAAGCUCUAGACCAGAGUUCUUCCUUUAAUAUAUUGCCUGGAAUGCUCUAGAGUCUAAACGAAGGCAUUUUUCCCAUCGUGCUGCCUGCUAGGUUUUAAACCAGAGCUUUCCUGUCUACGUGUGUAUAUGUUACCUGUAACGUUCUAUAUUAGAGCUUUUCUCUAUAUAAAUUACCUGGAAGGCUCUGUUUUGGGCACUCUGCCCUCAUAUGUGCUUCUGGGUACCUCAUUAUCGAAUACUAACACCUAGACAUACUGAUCUUCAGUGCAUUUGCUGUGAACACGUGUUUUAAAUUAUGAUGUUAUAAUGUUAUUUUUCUGUAUAUCCUCCCCUGUGGUAUAAACCUUGGUAAUAAAUACCGACAAUUUGAUUUAGAA